GUCGUCUGCUUGAUUUCCUCUCUGAGGCUUGAGAUCUGACCUGACUGAGUCACUGAGUCCCGAAGACAUAAAAGUCGCGCGCUUUGAUAAUCGCGAAUCUUGUUUGAAGCAGUCCCAAGAUAACGAAUUAACGAUGGCUGAAACUGGAGUUCUGGAACUGACUUCGCAAGAGCACUUUGAGACUUUUGUAAAAAGUCCUAAACUUGUGGUGAUUCACUUCUUUGCUGAAUGGGCCUCAGAAUGCCAACCUAUGAAUGAAGUGCUCGAUACCUUGUCAAAAGAAGAAGAAUUAAAGGGAGUGAUGUUUGCUAAAAUCCCAGCUGAAAAUUUUCCCAAGAUUUCUAUGCAGUGUAAGAUAUCUGCAGUCCCCACCUUCCUUUUCUACUUGGCGGGGAAGCAAGUCGAUCGUUUAGAUGGUGCCAAUGCAGCUAAGCUCACACAAAUGGUCAAAAACAAUAAUUCCAAAGCACAAACUCUUGAAGCUGCUUCUGCCCCUGUUUUGUCUGGAGAUGUGAAACCAGUUGAAGCUGUUAUAAAUACCAAGUCAACUGCUGGAAAUUCAGAUGAAAUCCUGAAAAAGUUAAUUAACAAAGCACCUGUUAUGUUGUUUAUGAAAGGGAAUACUGAAAAUCCCCAAUGUGGAUUUAGCAGGCAAGCAGUAGCUAUUUUGAAAGAACUAAAAGCAGAAUUCGGCACCUUUGACAUCUUUACUGAUGAGAAAGUAAGGGAAGAUUUGAAGAUCUACUCAAAGUGGCCAACAUAUCCUCAGCUUUACAUCAAAGGAGAACUAAUUGGCGGGCUAGACAUCAUGAAAGAAAUGGUUGCAAGUGGAGAUCUGGCUGAAAUGUUACCCAAGACUGGCACUUUGGAAGAACGAUUGAAACAGCUGACAAACAAGGCUCCUCUGGUGGCCUUCAUUAAAGGCGACCGUCACGUCCCCAAAUGUGGAUUCACCCGCCAGUUAAUUGAAAUUCUGAACGAUACCAAGUUGCCGUAUGAAACUUUUGACAUCUUGACUGACGAAGAGGUGAGGCAGGGCUUAAAAACGUUUUCCAACUGGCCCACGUAUCCUCAAGUCUACGUCAAGGGCAAUCUCGCCGGUGGCUUGGAUAUUAUCAAAGAAUUGCGGGAGGGUGGCGAGCUACUGUCAACUUUAAAGGGCGAGUAGAAUAUUUCACUGCCAUAAUUAAAGGCUUUUUUUGAUCGUUUGUUCGUUCUUUACCUCUCAAUAUAACAUUCUUUUGCGAACAUCGAACAUG